CGAGACGUUUGUGGCGGAAGCACUGUGCGGACGGGAGUGGCGGACGGACACAGAGGGCCCCAAACGGCGAUGAGCGCGGAGAUUCGGCCCGUCCGUCCCCUUCUUGCCGGGGGCCGCCGCGGCCGAACCGGCGUCUUCUCCUGGGUUAGGAGCCGUUCGCUUGGCCGCGGUCUGGGACCACUGGUGGACCCUAGCCGCGACACUUACUGCAUCAUGACUAGCCUGUACGGCUCGAUGAACCCCGCCGACUCGGUGACUCUCGGCACCAAAACGCACGGAGCCGCCUUCAACCUGGAGUACUCGCCCGACGGGUCAGUUUUGACGGUGGCAUGUGAACAGACAGAAGUCCUUUUGUUUGACCCAGUUUCUUCAAAGCACAUCAAAACUCUGUCUGAAGCCCAUGAAGAUUGUGUCAACAACAUCAGGUUUCUUGAUAACAGACUAUUUGCGACUUGUUCUGAUGACACCACAGUGGCACUGUGGGACUUACGAAACCUCAACACGAAGGUUUGCACCUUACAUGGCCAUACGAGUUGGGUAAAGAACAUUGAAUAUGAUACUAACACAAGACUGCUGGUUACAUCAGGAUUUGAUGGAAAUGUAAUCACCUGGGAUACUAAUAGAUGCACAGAAGAUGGCUGUCCACAUAAAAAAUUCUUUCACACCCGCUACUUGAUGCGAAUGCGCCUAACACCAGAUUGUUCAAAGAUGCUGAUAUCAACAUCAUCUGGUUACCUGCUAAUUCUCCAUGAUCUUGAUUUGACCCAAUCUCUAGAAGUUUCCAUGCACCGUAGUUUCAGAGGCAAACGCUCUGCUUCAGGGACAGCCCGGUGGUUGGGGACCACUGAAGUACACUGUGUAAUGCGGGAGAACUAUGCACAUGCGCACUGGACAGAAAGAACGGAACGAAAACCCUGCAACCCGGAAACAAUCUCUCAACAGUAUUUGUAUUUGAAUUUAUCUUCUUGUAGCUUGCCUGGUUUACAGUCACAAAAUCAUCAGGUUGGUGCAUCCUGGAGCUGUGAGAAAAAUCUGUCUCAGGCUCAUGCGAGUGCAGAUGGAAAAGGUGGAUUUCCGAGCAACAGCCUUGAAGUUUUAUCACCAGAGAUUCCUGUGGAAAGAGAUCGAAGAAGUUGUAUCACAUCUUUACAGCUUCACCCUAAAGGCUGGGCUGCAUUAAUUCGGUGCACAAGCAGUAGUGAUGAUCAAGAGUGGACCUGUAUAUAUGAAUUCCAAGAUGGACCUCCAGUUCAGACAGCCUCUCCUCGUUGCUCUCUUUGCCUGACACACUACAUUGAAGAAGCUAACGUUGGUCGUGGUUACAUUAAGGAACUUUGCUUCAGCCCAGAUGGGCGUCUGAUUUGUUCCCCGUUUGGCCAUGGAAUACGCUUAUUAGGGUUUGACAGCCGUUGCAAUGAACUGUGUGAUUGUUUACCAAGAGAAGCCGUUUCACUGAAGGAAAUUAGAACUAUUUAUUCGCACAGUGAUGUCGUGCUUACAACAAAAUUCUCGCCCACUCAUUGUCAGCUCGCCUCUGGGUGCCUUAGUGGCCAGGUAUACUUCUACCAGCCCAAGUUUUAAAUAACCUGGAUUAUUUACAGGUUGUAUUGAUAACAAAAUGUUUUAAUCAUUGCAGAUCGCAAUUAAUAUUCAAGGUGUUUGAUGACAUCCUUAAAUACAAAUCCAUUCAGUUUUCAAUGCAUUGCAAUAAACCAGUGUUUGUUACGAGACUUAACAACAAAGCUGAUUUUCUGCAGUUAGCUCCAGUAAGGAAUUGUCAUUUCCUAAUUUUGUGUGAUUUAUAGCUGCUGCUAAUGUGAUAUUAUAUCAGUAUUUCAUGUAAAAUUUGUUAGCUUGGUUAUUGUACGUACGAACUUGCAAAUGCAAAUUAUUUACUGAAAAUUCAGAUGGAUAAAUUUGGAUAAAAGCUCUAUACAUAGAGAUAAUAAAUUUGACCUGCAGCUUCAUUUCCUAUUUAAGUGGAAUAUAAGGAGAAGUAUUGACUAACGUUCCUGCAGCAAGAGUAAAUUAUUUAACUUAAUAUGCAAAUAUACAUUCCAAAAUAUUAAAAUUUAAACACUGCUGUUAAGAGAACAGUGUAUGAAUAUAUAAUAUCACAAAUUCACAUGGCAACUGAUUAAAUUUUAAUAAAGAAAUUAACAAGA